AAAACUACUGCAGAAGAGAAGCAUCUCAAAAUCACCCUCGUCAUUCUUUCCCCCGUGUUUUAAGGGGUGUAACAUAACUGCGCAAUACAGCUGCAGUGAGACAAGCUUUGGAUGUACAGUUAGGAAACUAAAAUACUAAAGAUCUGUCUGUAUCAGGAUGGGUCUAAACAACAUGGUGUAAAUGCAGUUGCUGGUGAGCCUCAUUUCCUGUAGGAGGUGAACAAGAGCAGAGAUCUGUUUCCCUUCAGAGCACAGAGGUUGUUUCUGUUCAGAGAAAGUCAAACUGUCUGACAGUCACUGAGAGACGUUGAAACGACACAGCAAAUGGAUCAAACAAAAUUCUGCUGUUCAGUCUGUUUGGAUCUACUGAAGGAUCCGGUGACUAUUCCCUGUGGACACAGCUACUGCAUGAACUGUAUUAAAACCCACUGGGAUACAGAGGAAAACAGGAAAAUCUACAGCUGCCCUCAGUGCAGACAGGCGUUCACAGCGAGGCCUGUCCUGGUGAAAAACAAUAUGUUAGCAGAUUUAGUGGAGGAGCUGAAGAAGACUGGACUCCAAGCUGCUCCUGCUGAUCACUGCUAUGCUGGACCUGAAGAUGUGGCCUGUGAUGUCUGCACUGGAAGAAAAAUGAAAGCCUUUAAGUCCUGUUUAGUCUGUCUGGCAUCUUACUGUGAGAAACACCUUCAGACUCAUUAUGAAGUAGCUCCAUUAAAGAAACACAAGCUGGUAGAUCCCUCCAAGAAGCUCCAGGAGAACAUCUGCUCUCGUCAUGAUGAGGUGAUGAAGAUGUUCUGCCGUACUGAUCAGCAGAGUAUCUGUUAUCUCUGCUCUGUGGAUGAACAUAAAGGCCACGACACAGUCUCAGCUGCAGCAGAAAGGACUGAGAGGCAGAGAGAGCUGGAGGUGAGUCGACAAAACAUCCAGCAGAGAAUCCAGGACAGAGAGAAAGAUGUGAAGCUGCUUCAACAGGAGGUGGAGGCCAUCAAUCAGUCUGCUGAUCAAACAGUGGAGCACAGUGAGAAGAUCUUCACUGAGCUGAUCCAUCUCAUCCAGAAAAGAAGCUCUGAUGUGAAGCAGCAGAUCAGAUCCCAGCAGGAAACUGAAGUGAGUCGAGUCAAAGAGCUCCAGGAGAAGCUGGAGCAGGAGAUCACUGAGCUGAAGAGGAAAGAUGCUGAGCUGAAGCAGCUCUCACACACAGAGGAUCACAUCCAGUUUCUACACAACUACCCCUCACUGUCAGCACUCAGUGAGUCUACAGACUCAUCCAGCAUCAAUAUCCGUCCUCUGAGCUACUUUGAGGAUGUGACAGCAGCUGUGUCAGAGGUCAGAGAUAAACUACAGGACAUUCUGAGAGAGGAAUGGACAAACAUCUCACUGACAGUCACUGAAGUGGAUGUUUUACUGUCAGAUCCACAACCAGAGCCAAAGACCAGAGCUGGAUUCUUAAAAUAUUCAAAGGCAAUCACACUGGAUCCAAACACAGCACACGAAGAGCUGUUAUUGUCAGAGGGGAACAGAAAAGCAACCUUAAUGAAACAAAAACAUUAUUCUGAUCAUCCAGACAGAUUCACUUUGUAUAAACAGGUCCUGAGUAGAGAGAGUCUGACUGGACAUUGUUACUGGGAGGUGGAGUGGAGAGGGAGAGUUGAUGUAGCAGUCACAUACAAGAAUAUCAGCAGAAAAGGGAGUGUGAUUCAAUGUGUAUUUGGAUGUAAUGACAAAUCUUGGUCAUUAGAUUGUAACAAAAGCAGUUAUACAUUUUGGUACAACAACAUCCAAACUCAUGUCUCAGGUCCUCGUUCCUCCAGAGUAGGAGUGUACCUGGAUCACAGAGCAGGUAUUUUGUCCUUCUACAGCGUCUCUGAAACCAUGACUCUCCUCCACAGAGUCCAGACCACAUUCACUCAGCCGCUCUGUGCUGGACUGAUGUUUUACCAUGCUGUACUUGGAGACUUUGCCGAGUUGAUUAAAGUGAAAGAUCCGCUGACUGUUUCCUGUGGUCACAGCUACUGUACCAACUGCAUUAAUUCCCACUGGGAUAAGGAGGACAGGAAUGCCACCUGCAGCUGCCCAAAGUGCAGGAAGUCCUUCACAGCGCAGCCUGACCAGGCAGCAAACACCACGUUAGCAGAGUUGGUGGAGGAGCUGAAGAACAGUGGAAUUAAUGUGGGAAUGAACGGUGACGGUCAGACCGAGCUGGGGUCAAGCAGACAAAAAAUCAAGCAGAGAAUCGAGACGAGACAAAAGGACAUGAAGCUGCUUAAACUGGAGGUGGAGAAAAUCAAUCUCUCUGCUGAUAAAGCGCUGAAGGAGAGCAGGAGCGUUUUUGAUCAACUCACCCAGCAGAUCAAAAAAAGAAGCUUUGAUGUGAUGUAUCGGAUCAGAUCCCUGCAGAAAGCCGAACAGAAUCGAAUCAAAGAGCUUCAGGAGAAGCUGGAGCAGGAGAUCACUGACCUGAAAAGGAAAGACGCUGAACUGGAGGAGCUCUCACACACAGAGGAUCACAUCCAGUUUCUGCAUCACCUUCCUUCAUUCACUCAUCCACCUACAGAGUUACCCAGAGCCAAAAUCCUUCCUCUGAGGUUCUUCGAGGAGGUGACAGCAGCUGUGUCAGAGCUCAGAGCUAAAGUACAGGACAUCCUGAGGGACACCUGGGUGGAUGUUUCACCCGUGGUUGAUGUAAACCCACAAGUAGAGUCAAAGACCAGACCUGACUUCUUAAAAUAUUCAUUCCAAAUCACGCUGGAUCCCAACACCGCAAACACACAGCUGUCAUUAUCAGAGGGGAACAGGAGAGCGACAUUAAUGAGAGAGGAGCAGUCUUAUCCUACUCACCCGGACAGAUUCGUUAGGUGGAGGCAGGUCCUGAGUAACCAGAGCCUGACUGGGCGUCAUUACUGGGAGGUGGAGUGGUGCAGGAAGAGAGUCACAGUGGCGCUGGCAUACAAAGAUAUCAGCAGAGAGGGGUCCAUGACCGAGUGCGCAUUUGGAUUCAACGACAAGUCCUGGGCGCUGGAGUGUAACUGCAGCAGCAGCUACAAAUUCAUACACAACAGCGUGAAAACAGCCGUCUCGGGCCCGUGGACCUCCCGGCUCGGAGUGUACCUGGAUCACAGUGCAGGUGUCCUGGCUUUCUACAGCGUCUCUGAAAGCAUGACUCUCCUCCACAGAGUCCAGACCACAUUCAAUCAGCCGCUCUAUGCUGGACUUUGGUUCAGUGGAUAUCACAAAGCCACUGCAGAGUUCAUUGAGCUCGGAGCAUAA